AUGGUUGCUUUCUUGCCCGCGAAGAAGAAGUUCCCAACAGAGUUUCUGAAGCCAGUCGCCUGGGCCAGUGAUGAGCCCUGCGAUGCAUAUAUCCUUGUCUUCACUGGCGCAGCUGGCUUGAAGCACGGCCGGAAUGUUGAGGACAGCAAGCGCAGCAGUCUUGACUUCAUCACCAGCUACAAGCAUUCUUACCCCGAUGAUUUGAAGCGGGCAGAGGACGACUUGAAAAAGGUUGAAUUCAACUAUGAAGAGGCAAAGAAGCUUAAGCUGAUAGAACGUCGCGGCAAAUGCGAAGAUGCAGAAUACAACUGCAUCACCAAGAACGACGUCGUGGAAGAAGUCAAGAAGUUGGCAGGCAUGCGGCGUGUGAAUGUUGGCCUUCCUGGAAGCCUUGGUUGGUUUGUUGAUGGCACAGAAAAAUACAUCAAGGUGUCUGUCACGGGAGUAGUACAUUGGUUCAGCUUCCGCACCGACACUUAG